CAACUGUGAAAAAAGCUGACUUCAUUCCAGCCUUUGCCACGCAGUCAGCCCUCAGCAUCCUUGCUCUGAUUGGGACGUGGAUACACCCAGAGUGGGAACAGGUCAGCUAACUUCCUUGAGGAGCUGGAUGUCUUGUUAUUCGUCUUCCCUGAAGAUGGCAUCCCACUUGAGGCCAGCAUGUGUGACACCCCCAACCCCUGGCUCUCUGAUGUUCUUCGUGAACCGAACUCAGGGCGGCUGAGAGGAAAUGGCGGAGUUUUAACUGGUCAGGGGUAUUGUGGAGAACAAGAUGACAAUCAGACAGACUUCAAAAACAGACAUUCCAAUGAGACUGCCCUGCUUUUUGUCACAAAAUCAAUGAGACAGAUGAAAGCUGGCUCCAGAUCAUUCAUCCAUAUACUGCUGGACGCAGUCAACCAUCCGAUCCUCCUGUCCACCCACUCUACUAUGGGCAUCAAAGGAACUGUGCUUAGCUGGUUCAAGUCCUAUCGCUCAGGUAGGUCUUUCAAAGUAACCUGGAAUGGUGGGUUGUCCAAGUCACAUCAGCUACUUACUUUGGUACUUCAGGGCUCGGUGCUUGGCCCAAAUCUCUUCUCCAUAUAUACAACAUCAGUGGGGCCCAUCAUUCAAACACAUGGGUUUUCUUACCAAUGCUAUGCCGAUGACACGCCGCUCUACUUCUCUUUCCUGCCUGACGACCCCACAAUGACUGCUAGGAUCUUGGCCUGCUUGGCAGACAUUUUGGCCUGGAUAAAGGAACACCAAUUCAACUCAGCCUAUCGAAGACCGACCUCCUCGUCUUUCCAGCUAACCCUGCUGUUGAGCAUAACAUCACCAUUCAGCUGGGUUCAUCUACAAUAACACCAUCCAAAACAUUCAGAAAUCUGGGAGGUAACCAUCGACAACCAACUUACUUUCACCAACCACAUCUCAAAAACAGCCCAAUCAUGAAGAUUUACACUCUACAACAUCAGGAAGAUAAGACCGUUUCUUUCUGAUUAUGCCACACAACUCCUUGUGCAGUCUCUUGUCAUAUCGAGACAUUUAUUACCGUAAUGCUCUUUUAGGCAGCCUUCCUGCAUGCACAAUCAGGCCUCUGCAAAUUAUCCAGAAUGCAGCAGCCAAUAGAGCGCAUGUUACACCCCUCCUUGUCUCACUUCAUUGGCUACUGGUUGCUGCAUGUAUCAAUGUCAAGGCUUUGAUGCUGGCAUACAGAACAGUCACUGGAUAUGCUCCAUCUCACCUAAAAUCAUUCUUGCAGAGCUACGUUCCCACCAGAAGGCUGUUGUCAGCAAAUAGGUGGCGCCUUGUGGUACCAACACAAAUAAGCACCAAAUCACUUUCCCAGACAUUUGGCUUCACUGUACCUCAAGGGUGGAAUGACCUGCCCAACUCAAUCCAUGAAGAAGACUCCCUCUCUGUCUUCUAAAGACACAGAUUUUCGUGAGCACUUGACCAUACACUCAAAUAAAAAAAUCAUAAAAAAAAAUAAUAAUCUUGUUGCACUCUAAUCUUGGCUAAUACUUUUCUGAAUCAAUUGAAUCUUUGUAAUGCAGUAAUUUUCUUGUUACUGUCUCCUUAAUAUGAAUCGCUUAUGUUGUAUCCUUCCUCAUUUUGUAAGUCACUUUGGAUAAAAGCGUCUGAUAAAUGAAUAAAUGUAAAUGUAAAAACAGACAGAGCAGAGAUUUGACUGAUCAAGCUUAGAUUACCUCUUCUAAUGUCUUAUUCCUCAAAGGAGAUCAGGACAGAAUGGAUGGAGCUGAAUUGAUUGUCCAGAUAUAUUUACAAUUAUAAGUUACAAAUGUUCUGAGA